AUGCCAGCCCAUGGGGACCAACACAGGUCCUAUUCAGCAGCCGUAAAUGCAGCGAACCCUUUUGAACCACCAGUACAGCGCAUAAAUGUCUACACAGCGCAGGAAAUCGCGACGCUGCAAAGCCGGUUGGACAAACGGCUUGGGCCAGAAUUUCUAUCCUCGCGGGCGGGGCCUGGCGGACAACGAGUACAUUAUUUAUCGGCUGACAAAUGUAUAAGUCUUGCGAAUGAAGUUUUUGGCUUCAAUGGAUGGUCAAGUUCGAUCCAGAAUAUUAAUAUUGAUUUUGAUAUUGGCUAUGGUCACAUUGAAAACUCCAAGGGGAAAGCCGCUGCGUUUGAAAAGGCCAAAAAGGAGGGGACAACAGAUGCGUUGAAGCGUGCCCUAAGGAUGUUCGGAAACGUCCUCGGCAACUGCAUAUACGACAGGGACUACCUCUCGAAAGUGACCAAGGUCAAAGCCGUUCCAGCGAGGUGGGACGUCGGCGAGUUACACCGCCAUACGGAUUUUGUACCUAUUAAGGAGGAACUUGUCACGGCUGCGAAUGCACCCAGAAACGAUGCACCUGCAGUGAUUCAAGAUGUUGCUGAAGGCAUACUUGAACUCCCAAGCAAGCUGUCAAACGAACCCGACACUGAAAUUGAUUUCGGCAGCGAUGCAUUUGAUGAGGCCGAUUUCGGGGAACAACACCUCAGUCACCCAGAUGAGAUUAGCUUAGAUGAGGAACCACCGCUUCCAUUACAAAACCAUGGAGGAUCUGCUCCGAGUCGCCCAAACAUUCAGAGGCAUGCUGGAACUGUUAACACCCACGCACACGCGGUCCCAAAUCAUAUGGUUACACCAUCCAAACCCCCACAGCCGCCUCCCGCACCAAUUGCCACUACUCGCCAAUCUGGCUCGACCCUUCCCGCACCUCCUGACCGGAUAACGAGACCGAAUAUACAAGCAAACCAAUAUACAACACCCAAGGCCCAAAUCCCCGCUCGACCACCACAACAAUCGGCCGCCAAUGAUUCAAAGCCCUUUGCGGGAAGAAUAGCCCAGUCGAAUCACGAUCUACCCCCGCCUUUGCCAUGCAACCAGCACAAAACCAAUGCUGAACCGAGUACAGGAAAUAGAGGAAGCCACUCUCCAUCAAAACCGCCCUCACCCCUCGGAUCACAAACUCCACAGGGCAAUCCCCAAAUGGAACCUGGUGUUUGGUAUUCCGCCCGCGCUGCGAAUAUGACUGAACAAGGCAAACCUGCCCCCACGUUUGACCCUAAAUGUGACAGUCCAUCCAUUCGAAAAACCCUUAGUAUCACACACGCAAAAUCGGCCCCGGUUUCUCGAAAAACCUUUCAGAACGUCGAGGCCCAAAUAUCUAGCCAAACACCACAUAAACCGAACUCAAACAAUGGGCCUCUUGCGAGCCAAUCAUCAACUUACGUCUCUCCUCGCAUGGGCGCAGACACCGUUAGGCGGGCCCGGGCCUGGUACCUUCGUAAGUCCUGCUCGACCGCCAAUGACUAG